UAUUUAGCGUCAGUCGCCGCCGCCCUUAAUAUUUGUCGGCGCAGAGCUCUGCCAGCAUAACACAAAAUAUUACAAAAAUUCAACAAUUAUAAUAAAAAUUUACAAAAUUUCUUUCCGUUUACCUUAAAUGCAUAAUAAAAUUAAGACAUGGUGAAUGUUAUGAAAGGAGUUCUUGUUGAGUGCGAUCCGGCUAUGAAACAAUUUCUACUACAUUUGGAUGAAACCUCAGCCUUGGGACGUAAAUUUAUUAUACAAGAUUUAGAUGAAAGUCAUUUAUUUAUAUCAACUGAAAUCGUUGAGACUCUACAGGCACGUGUCGAUGAAUUAAUGGAUCGCAUCAGUUUUCCCCUACACGAAAAAGAAGCUUAAGAAAUUUAUAACAUUUAAAAUAAUCCUAAAUAUUAAUAAAAAAUAUCCCUAAAAUACUAAAAUGGCCGGCCGUGAAUCGAAUCGCAUUAAAGAUGCCGAAAAGAAACGUGUUCUUGAUGAAGCUGCUCGCCAACGCCGUGCCCGCAAAGCCUUAGAAGCCUUAGAACAAGAUAAUUUUCAUGAUGAUCCCCAUGCUGAUUUGGUGAUGUCGAAAAAAGUUCCAAAAUUUCAAGAUAAUUUAAAAAAUCCCAAGGAAAACCGUAAAUCGAAACGUAAAGGUCCAGAAUAUUAUCGUGCUAAAUAUCGCAAAAAUUUUGCUCAACUUUUGGAUGAGGAGAAACAACAACACCCAGAUCCCCCCAACUAUACUAGUGCUUUAGCUCCACCUCCUUCAAAACCUUCGCGUCAUUUUUGUGCUGUUUGCGGUAAUUUUUCGAAAUAUUCAUGUACGGCCUGCGGUACACGUUACUGUUGCAUUCGUUGUUUGGGCACACAUCAGGAUACGAGAUGUUUAAAAUGGACGGCUUAAUAAUUAUAAAUUUAUAUUUUAAUAAAUAGAUUUAGCAA